CACCGCCAGCAUUUGCAUUACAAGAGGGGGUGUGCCUGUAAAAAACUAAACGCCGAGGGCACACUUUUCGCAUGUCUGUUGCAUUGCAUAACGCUGUGUUCCAAGUCUUACAGAGUCCAACAACUAACUCUGAAACUGUGACGUCCAAUCAUCGGUGUUCUUUGAAACUCUUGGUGGACAUUUACCAACUGGGAAUAGAUCACGAAUUAAUGUGCUAAUUCUUGUAAACGCGCAGCCCGUUGAGGACGAUCAAGUGAAAUCAUGGCUGAAGUUGUGCACAUGAUCGACAGUGAGGUAUUUUUGGCCUAUUCAACAUAUGCCACCAUUGUCACCCUUAAGAUGAUGCUGAUGUCUCCCUUCACUUCAUAUUUUCGUCUGACACGAAAGGCAUUUGCUAACAUGGAGGACACCAGUUUGGACAUGUCUGGAGAAGAUAAGAAGAAACUGGUCAGGGUGGACCCUGAUGUUGAACGUGUUAGGAGAUGCCACCAGAACGACCUGGAGAAUGUAAUCCCUUUUCUGGUGAUCGGCCUUCUCUACGCCCUCACCGGCCCUCCAGUCAGCUCCGCACUCCUGCACUUCCGGGUAUUUGUAGUGUCCCGCAUCUGUCACAGUGUGGCGUACCUGCUGCCACUGCCGCAGCCAAGCAGGGCCUUGUGCUUCGGUGUGGGUCUCAUGGCCACAGCCUCCAUGGCCUACCGGGUCCUCACCACGGCCCUCUACCUAUAGAGAUGAUGCCACCCACCACUUGUAUAGUCACCUGCCUUUGGGCAUUCACCAUUUCAGAACAUUACUUGUAAUUUGUGUUUGGAGUUUUGCAAUUAUUUCAAAACUAUUAAGCCUUUAACUGGUAGGAAUAUGCCACUCAAUAGAGCCUAUGGCACUGAAACAUUAGGAUGUACUUUUCAAGAUUAUACUUAAACAUUAGGCUACAGUUUUUAUUUUGUCCCAUUUCAUCUAUGACUUACACAAUGCCUUUUUAAAUCAUUGGCAUUUUCUGUUGUGGAUAUGAAGUGACCAGCACUGUACCAGCUGAACUCAAUUUCAAUGAAGUUUCAGAUUUUUUUAAAUAAAAAGAAUUGAAAAGUUAAUAAACAGAAUUUCGAUAUUA